AUGAAGAAAUUUGAUUCAAAUUAUAGCAGAUUUGUUAAUUUAAUAUACACUUCCGUUGCCACUGUUGAAAUAUGGAGUACAAAGGAAAAUCACAUCUGUGAAUGGCUAAUUUGGAAGCCUAGUAGACUGCUAAGUAAAGAAGAAAUUGUAAUUAAGGAAAAUCAUGGACACUCGAAAAAAAAUAUUGCCGAUUUGUUAGAGUUAGACGAAGUGACCAUUGAAGAACAUUAUGAAUCAUUAAUGUCCGAAGGUUUCAACAAGAAUAGCAUUAAAUGGAAAAUAUUUGGGAAUCACACACCUCAAGUGGAAAAAAUUACGAACCAAAUAAAUAAAACGAUUGAUUUAGAAUUAAUCCGUGCCUUAAAAUCAGAUUCUUAUUAUCAGGGAAAUUAUUUGGUUUCUGUAAAAGAAUCAAAAAUUGAGCGGAUAAAAUCGUUCUUUUGUAAGUAUAAAAUAUUUUCACCCCACGUCGUUCUCUUUUUGGGCGUAAUUUUGUCUUCAUCGUUGAAAGAACCCGUUUCUGCUGUUUUGUUAGUCAUUCUGCUGUUCAUAUUAAUAAUAUAUUUUUUCAUGAAAAUACGAAAAUGCACCUACAUUAUGGAGAUUAACAGAAAAUCAAGGAACAAUUAUGUUGGUUUUAUGGACUAUUAG